UCAUUGUAAACAGCUUUUAUUAAACGUGUAUGUCAUUAUGUGUCAUUCAGAGGUUAUUGCUGCCAGAUUUUUGACUUUUGACCAAAUGUACAGCUAUGAGAGGCGUUUAGAGACAUUUGCAGACUGGCCUUUCCGUGAGGAUUGUCAGUGCACACCCGAGCUGAUGGCCAAGGCAGGUUUUGUGCACUGUCCUAGUGAGAAUGAGCCUGAUGUGGCCUGCUGUUUCUACUGCCUCAAAGAGCUGGAAGGCUGGGAGCCAGAAGAUAUUCCCUGGUCCGAACACUCUAAACGCUCUCCAGACUGUGGAUUCCUUCAGAUGAAAUCCUUUCACAAGCUUACUGCCAUUGAGUUUUUCCGUCUUGAGCAUGGAAGGAUUCGCAAUUACAUAAGGAAAAUGGCACACAUGAAGAUUGCCCACUUCCGUGACGAAGUGGAAAACACCAGCAAAAAUUUGAGAAUUCUUUUUGAUAUCCUGUAGUUGUUUUUGUUUUGUUUUUUUAUCUGUAACUGCUCAGUUAUCAAUAAACAGUGUUGUCUUUUCAAGGCUAUGUUUAAUUUGGCUCAGAAAUAUCACCAUUUGCUGUG